AUGCCUUCUCUAGCCUCCGUCGUCGUCACUCUCCUCCAAGGCCUAUGCGUUGCGGUCCAGGCCCAAACAACAAUCACUUCCACUGGAAACCCCAUCAUCGCUGAUGGAACCUACUACACAGCAGACCCAGCCCCCUUGGUCGUGAACAACACAGUCUAUAUCCUCACUGGCCGAGACACCGCCCCGGCAAGCCAAAAUGCCUUCAUCAUGAACGAGUGGGAGAUGCUCAGCAGCACUGAUCCGCGCCCCUCCGGAGCCCAGUGGCAGCUACGCACCAAUAUUGCCCGGCCGGAAUCUGCCUCAACUUCGAAUUCUGAUCGGUUCGCUAUCGGGGUUGCUGUCUCGGCCAACCCCUGGGGUCCAUUCACAGAUGCUCACCCCAGUGGGCCUAUCGUCUCGCAGUCCGUCCCAUCGCCAGGGAACACCAUUCAGAAUAUCGAUCCAACAGUCCUCCUUGACGAUACCGGGAGGGUCUAUCUCUACUGGGGCACAUUCGGUCAGCUCCGUGGCAUCGAACUCGCGACAGAUAUGGUCACGACCAUCGGACAAGCCACAGCAGUCAACAGCCUGACGGGCUUUUUCGAGGCACCGUGGCUUCUUAAGCGCAAGGGAACGUACUACAUGCUCUACGCCGCCAACAACGCCGGCCCAGAUUCGCCAUGCACCCCGACAUCCUACCAUGCCUGCAUCGCCUACGGAACCGCUUCCUCGCCCCUGGGCCCGUGGACAUUCAGGGGCGUGAUGCUGGACAUCGUCUCCUCGACCACAUCACACCCGGGUGCCUUUGAGUUGAACGGCCAGUGGUACCUAGUCUACCACACCCGAGACGCCACAGGAGGCGGCCACUUCCGCCGCAGCGUGGCACUAGACUCCAUGACCUGGGACGACAACCAGUCACCCCCGCGUAUCAACAAAGUCAUCCAGACCCGUCGCGCUCAGCCCGCCGCGCCAGCAACUCGCAACAUCGCGACCAAAGCCACAGCAACCUCCGUAAACCGCACCCCGAUCCAGUACUGGAUCAAAUCCAUAAACGACGCAUGGAUCCCCGGGAACCCCCUCCCGCCGGACUACUGGUGCUCCUACGACGGCGCCGCAUCCCCGCAGACUAACACGCUCAUUUUGACGUGGCCUUCGGCCGUGACGCUGAACGGGGCGAGAAUGGUGCUGUUCGCUGACCAGCCUGCUGGGUCGAAUAUCGGGGUGCCGCCUCCUGCGAGCUGGCGGAUCGAGUACUUGAAUGGGAGUGGUGCGUGGGUUUCGACGAAGAGUAUUCGUGCGGUUUUGGUGGCUUCUGGUGGGAAUGGACAGUAUGGUGGUGUUGGUGUCAAGGAGUUUGAGGCUCUUGCUCCUACUGCGCAGUAG